AGUAUUUAUUGACCCAUUCGAGUUACCAGCCAACAGUCCUCCAUGCAAACUUGUCAUGCAUUGGGCCGUGUCUGCAUAUGCAAGCAUGGUUUUGGUCUCAAGAGCCGUUACAUCUGACAAACGCCACACUCAUCUCUACUUACAGCCAUGAUACAUAGGCCGUUCUCUUCCGGUUUUCAGAACUCCUGAUCGCAAUUGUCUCCCUCAGUCGAAUUUUCUUUGUUCAACAAGGCUAUGAAUAUUCUUGUUUCCACUAACUUGUUGAAUUUUGUUUGGCUUCUUCUUGUUUUAGUCUCUCUACCAACUUUGUUUGUAAGAAUGGGCUAAGUCCCAGGCUUGGAAACUUGUUAGCGACUUGACGUGCCUGUAUUCGUGUCUUCUAGACUUACAUUCCCUCGUUCGUCAGAAUACGGUACGUUCCACUUGGCUGUACCUUGCCGAUGAUGGUACCAUUGCCGUCCACUUCAACGCUUCCCAGGAUAUCCUCAGGCCAUGCAAUGCGUCCAAAGUCGGGGGGAUUCCUUCGGUCGCUGAGGUGCACAUAUCCUCCUCUUCCACCACCACCAGCUCCUCCCUGAGCACUGGCACCUCCUGCACUGUCGCCUCCAGCUCCCCCUCCAGAUCUCUGCUUGCGAGAUCCGCCUCUAUUGGGUCGUUUUUGUGAGAAAAAGGCACCGCCUGAGCCUAGAUUGAAGCCUCCCGGACUGGCAAAUGCGCGUGCUUGAUUCACAAGAUCCUCGUCUUGGUGGCCGUACUCGGUUAUCACCUCGUUGAGAAUCUUAACGAAGGCCUUAUUCUCAGUGAAGGACUGAGGAGUGGGAGGGAGUUCGCUAGUAGUCCCAAUUGCUAGGCGCUCAUCCGGCGGUUCUUUCUCGAGAUAGCUCAAGUAGUUUGUGAAAGGAGAUUUGGGAUUCUUCACAACUUUCUACAGCAUGGUCAGCGUGUUGUUGAAGUGGUACCGGCUUGGGUGUUGAACACAAACAAUUUUAGGGUUGCUAGAAAGACUAGAUAUGGCUCUAAUAGGUACAGCCAUAUGCCGAGCAGUAUAUCGAAAUGAUGACACUAUCAUUUUGGUGGUAUUUUGGAAUUCAAAUCGAUUUUACUACUGUGUCCGGUGCAAUGAAGCUAUCAUUGCGUUGACUCGACCUUGAUCGAGAAUGAGGUCAUUCGCAGGACCCUAGUGAAACGCGAUAUAUGCCUAUGGAGGGUAUAUGUAUCAAACGAGUCAAUUAAACGCGUCAACGCGGUCAGUGCGAACCCUUCAAGACGACCUGCGCAACGAGGCACAAUGUACUGAGGUAGAUACCUUAGUAGGCAAAUCAACCAGAGUACCAUAUACGAAAUUCAAUUAGCAAGCAACGUUGAUUUCAUAUACAGAAAGUUGAAUCCUUUUUCAUUUUCAUUUUCUUUCUCUUUCCUUUCUCUGCGAUGCCAAGCUAGCGGUACAGAUCAUGGAUAAAACACCAGCUCCUAUAUUCCGAAAACAACGAGGGGCGGUCCCUCCGUCGUCUGCGAUACCGUCUUCAUCUCCCGCCUUCGGUACCCCAAUCCAUCCACUGAAGCCAUUCGCCGUCAAUGCCCCCAAGGCUGCAAUAUUACCGAUCAUACUCCCUCCUCCGACACUUCGACCGCUCGCUUUCCGUACAUUUACGAAAAAACAUUCUUUGACCUUGACAUCCUCUGCACUUCAAGAACUAGCUUCCUUCAUUGGAAGGCAUUGUGGUUCAGGAUGGCGUGAAGAAGGUUUGGCCGAACGGGUUCUGGAAGAGGUUGCCAGAAGCUGGAAAAACCGCAAUGGGGGCGUCAUUGUCGAGGGCUCGAGUAAAGAGCUCCAGGAAAUCCUCAAAACCCUUGAGGGUAACAUGAGUGGCGGCAGAAUCACUGGCCCAGCAAGAGGACUGCCACGUGGGGAUAGUAUGCUUGAUCUCAAAGACAACGAGACCUUGAACACACGGUUAGGACUAAGGCCGGCAGAAAUCAGGAGAGAGGAUAGCAACACAAGCUUUGGCAUGUCGGGACUUGGUGUGGACGAGGAGCAAGACGAAAGCGAGACGAACGAUCCUCGGGCAUGGCUCAAAGUCAUAAACGCAUAUGACCAACCCAGAUUCAUAUACAACGUUGGCAAAAAGCACUUUGAAAAGGAUACUGCAACGCCUUCAUUACUACCACCGGCAUCACACAAAACGACGGUUUUCCGAAAUCGAUACAAUGUAAUUCACCAGCGUCUUCUCCGAAACGAAACCUUCCAGUCCUCCGCAGUCUCCUCCUCUCGAAGACAAAGCCUCAGUCGUUCCCUAUCCAACCAGCAUUCACUUAAACUCACCCCAGUCGCGAACCUCCUUGGUCGCCAUGGCAGCAGCCAUAUGCUACUAGGGCUCCUGGUUCUCCUUCCUACCGGCGAUCUUGCCAUCAGCGACCUGACUGGUACUAUUGCUUUGGACUUAUCCCAGGCGGUAGCUAUCCCGGAUGAUUCAGCAUGGUUUUGUCCCGGCAUGAUCGUGCUGGUUGACGGUGUCUAUGAAGAAGAAGACGAAUCCGUGGGCACGGGUCUGAGCGGCAGUAGCGGCGUUGGAGGUACACUGGGCGGCCGUUUCCAAGGCUUCUUUAUAGGUCAGCCCCCAUGUGAACGUCGUCAAGCGACUCUGGGCAUCAGCGGACCCGACGGGGGUCAGGAACAGACCAUAGGAGGAGGCUUUGGCUGGAUCGAUUUCCUGGGUGUAGGCAGCGAGCGUGCCGUGGGUACCAAGAUGCGCAGGCUCGAAAGGCGCCUUCUACGCAGCGGAGCAGAGGAUGAUAGUGCACCAUCACGUGGGCGUGUCGUUGUUAUUGGCGAGCUGAACCUCGAUCAACCACGAACUCUCCAAGCAUUACGCAAGAUCCUCUCAGGAUAUGCCUCAGAACCUGAAGGUUCAACGCCUCUAACAUUCGUGCUGAUGGGUAACUUCACUCAGUACGCUGUUUUGGCACGGGGAGGCAGUGGCGGAAGUAUCGAAUACAAAGAAUACUUUGAUGCCCUGGCUUCAACCCUGGGAGACUUUCCAACCCUGCUCCAAUCGUCCACCUUCGUCUUUGUUCCCGGAGACAAUGACGCCUGGGUCUCGUCCUUUACAGCUGGCGCAUCUGUUCCUUUGCCUCGGAAGCAAGUGCCAGACAUGUUCACGUCGAGAAUACGUCGAGCCUUUGCGACAGCCAAUGCGGAGGCGGGAGGGAAGUCAAAUGGCACUGCCGUAUGGACCUCGAACCCGAGCCGAAUCAGUUUAUUCGGCCCCAACCACGAACUUGUCUUCUUUAGAGAUGAUGUAUCUGCUCGUUUGCGUCGAGCCUCUGUCCGUUUAAAACCCAAGACCAAGGAUGCCAGUGGAGAACAGGCCCCAGGUUCAAGCGCUGCCCCUCCCGAAGAUGUUCAGCCGAUGGAUAUCGAUUCUGCUCAUCAUGAUGAUCCUACCGCUGCUGCUACCGCCUCGCCCGUCACACCUCUUAUUCCUCACGACGUUCAUGCAGCCCAGAAACUUGUCAAGACUAUUCUUGAUCAAGGCUACCUCGCACCAUUCCGCCAGUCUAUUCGCCCCGUUCACUGGGACUACUCCUCAGCAUUGCAUCUGUACCCACUACCCACAGCCAUGGUCUUGCUCGACACAACAGCCCCGCCGUUUUGCGUCACAUACGAGGGGUGUCAUGUAAUGAACCCAGGCAGUGUGCUCGUAGCAGGACGCAAGGGAAUCGCUCGAUGGGUCGAGUAUGAUGUCGGUCGCUUGGGCAGGUUAAGGGAAUGUACAGUUUAGAUUAGACGUCCAGAUCUAAAUAUUAUUUAGUUGCUGCUAUCGAUAAUUCAUGGCGUCAGGGGAUUAAGGGGCAUACAGGGUAAUGAUGGGUGUGACGGACAACCCAGACGAACAUUGGUAGCUUUCGAUAAUCACAAAGAGCAGUAAUAUUUAAACCUCAUAUCAUAAAAUGCUAGUUUUUAUUUACCUAUGCACAAGAAUACACAGGGC